UAGUUAAGAACAGAAUCACUUAUAGGUCUUCUCUGACAACGAAACGAAACCAAGCUUUAAUCAAAUCUUGGACAAGAAGCCAUGGAAGUUGAAACCGCUGCUACGAAGGGACAAGAGUCGAAGCAAAUUAGAGACGAAGAAUUAUUCAAAGCGGCGGAAUCUGGCGAUUCUUCGGUGUUCAUGUCCUUAUCUCCUCAACAGCUUGUCAAAUCUCUCAGUUUCAGAAACGAAGACGGUCGCUCUCUCCUCCAUGUCUCAGCUUCUUUCGGCCAUUCUCAGAUAGUGAAGUUGCUAUCAAGCGUAGAUGACUCAAAGACUGUAAUCAAUGGUAAGGAUGAUGAAGGAUGGGCUCCUCUUCAUUCUGCUGCUAGCAUCGGCAAGGCGGAGCUCGUUGAAAUCUUAUUGACUAGAGGUGCUGAUGUGAAUGUCAAAAACAAUGGUGGUCGCACUGCUCUUCACUAUGCUGCUAGCAAGGGAUGGUUAGAAAUUGCUCAGCUAUUAUUAACACACGGCGCAAAGAUAAACAUCACCGACAAGGUGGGUUGCACUCCGCUUCAUAGGGCAGCAAGCACCGGUAAGACUGAAGUUUGUGAGUUUUUGAUAGAGGAAGGAGCAGAGAUUGAUGCUACGGAUAAAAUGGGCCAAACUCCACUCAUGCAUUCAGUGAUCUGUGAUGACAGACAAGUUGCGUUUCUUCUUGUAAGACAUGGUGCAGAUGUGGAUGUAGAAGACAAGGAAGGUUACACCGUUCUAGGCCGAGCUUCCAACGAUUUCAGACCAGCACUUAUUGAUGCUGCCAAGGCUAUGAUUGAAUGAUAUGCUUACUCUAAAACAGUAGAACAUGAAAAGAUUACUCUUUAAUCUUUUAUUUUUUCAAGUUUGCAAGACGUUUCUGCUUUUUUCCUAUAAAAAAAAUGUUUAUCAAUUCGUGUUCUUUGCUAGAAAAAAUUCUCAUGUGCAAUAAAUCUCAAAUUAAUUUCUCUUUU